UCUUCCUAUUCCGUCCUUGUCUCCGUCGUUUCCUUUGUCCGGCUUUUGGCAAAUCGAAACCAAAUUUCAAUCGAAACCAAAAUCAAACUCGAAAUGCCUUUGUCUCCUCCUCUCCUUUGUCGGGCAAAUCUCCGGUCAUACAGAGAAGAAUUGCAGGAUCAGCUCCAUUGACUUUCACAAAACUUCUACUUAUAUGGUGACUGCUAGUGACGAUGACUCAAUUCGUCUCUAUGAUGUUGCUACCGCUUCAUGUCUCAAGACAAUUAAUAGUAAAAAGUAUGGUGUUGAUCUUGUUUGCUUCACUUCCCAUCCUACCACUGUCAUCUACUCUUCCAGAAACGGAUGGGACGACUCUCUGAGGCUUCUCUCUUUGCACGAUAACAAGUACUUGCGUUACUUCAAAGGACAUCAUGACAGAGUUGUUUCGCUUAGCUUGUCCUCUGGUGGGGAAUGCUUCAUCUCCGGUUCUCUUGAUCGAACCGGAGAGUUGUUUCUGCUAGUAGUAGAAGAAGUUGAUCUCUGAAUUGAGAUUCUUUUCCUGCUUAAAGCUGCUCUCUGUUGCCAUUUCUUUGCCAUCUUCAGAGAUGUUUAUGUAUUAUGAAUAGAUUUGAAUUUCUGGGUUAACUUUAAAUUGAUCAAGUAGUCUAAGAAUCCAACACUUUUAUGCUGGUGUAGACUUGUGAGACUUUGUGUUUUUUGUAAAAUGUUUAAGAAUAUUUUUAUUAUAAGAACACCAAAAUUAGUUCCCCCA